CAAACGUUCUUUCAAUACAUAUAAAAAUCCAUCGGAGUAAUUUAAAAUAAUGCGGAAGCCUUUUUAAAGUCAAACAACUUGGGAUCUUGCCCGAAAACGUAAUAAGCAUUAAAGUUAAUUAAAUAAAGCAUAAUCAACAGAUUAAAGAGACAGCCACGCCAUCGUACAUCUCCUCCUCAAUGCCUUCUGGGAUCGGCUCUAGCGAUCUUCACCCUCUGACUUAUGGCGCAAACUACACCGGAAGAUGCAGUGGAGAAAUUGCCAUCCCGAUAUGAUGGCUUAGUGCUUGAGGACGAAGAGGUGGGUCUUAUGCCAGUAGGGAUAGAACCUCACGCCGAUAUUGGGGCAGGGGCUGGAUCUUGGAUGCUCAUGGGCAGGUUUCUUACUGAAAAGCUUAUCAAAUUGGAAUUUAUGCAACAAGUAAUGGCGUCGGUUUGGCGUCCGGUCAAAGGAGUUCAAGUAUCAGAGAUUGAACCAAAUCUGUUUUCCUUUGUCUUCUUCCAUAAAUCAGAUUUGCAGCGGGUGCUAGAGGAGGGGCCUUGGUCUUUCGAGAAUAAUACGCUCGUUUGCCGUCAGGUUGAAAUUGGGGAUCUACCAAGUUCGGUGGUCCUCGAUACGGUGGAUUUGUGGGUUCAGCUCUACGAUUUGCCUUUGGGAUACACAUCAGACUCAGUUUUGGCACAGAUUGGGAACUUCAUUGGUUCUUUUUUGAAGUGCGGCGAUAGACAGGUAAGUGUACCAUGGCGUGCUUUCUAUCGUAUUCGGGUCUCUAUUCCGAUUGCUAAACCUUUGAAGCGUCGUAUGAAGUUGAUUAAGCGUGACAAUUCUUGGACGUGGGUGAAUUUUAAGGCGCGGGAGGCAACAAUCCCGGUGGAUCAAUACCCGUAUGGUCCAUAUCUUCGUGCCGGCUUAUCUCGUGGACCGCGGGCAGUGGGGCAGCGGUGGUUGGUCCCUGCAGGUGGUGUCUUGGGUGGGAGGAUUGAGGACCCGCCCGUCCCAAUGAGUACCUUGAGCUGGAACUGUCGUGGCUUGGGCAAUCCACGCACAGUUCGUGAGGUUGUGGACGUUGUGUCCAGUAAGAAGCCUGACUUUGUUUUUCUAAUGGAAACUAAAGUGAAUAGAGAACAUGCAGAACGACUCCGGAUUAAGAUCGAGUUUGAAGGGCUCUUUUAUGUCGAUAGAACAGGUUUGGGCGGAGGCCUGGCGUUGCUUUGGAAAAGGAAUAAUACCGCACAGCUUCUUAGCUACUCCAAAAAUCAUGUGGAUAUCAUGGUGAGAUUGUAUGGCCGGCAGCCUUGGCGCAUGACUUGCUUCUAUGGCUUUCCAGAGAGGAGUAGACGCAGCGAAUCAUGGAACCUCCUUAGAAGCCUUAGCACACGUUCGUCUCUUCCAUGGGUGGUCGUGGGGGACUUUAAUGAUCUAUUAUUUCAACACGAGAAGCAGGGCCCUAUCCCACACCCUGAAGGUCUUCUUCCUGGAUUUGGGGAGGCUCUUGAAGAUUGCGGCUUACUGAAUGUCCCGACUUUGGGGUACCCGUUCACAUGGGAGAGAGGCAAAGGCACUGAGGCUUGGGUGGAAGAAAGGUUAGAUAGGGUGGUCGCUACUGGGGAUUGGGUUGAUUUGCAAGGGGCUAUUCAGGUCUCCAAUAUCCUUACCCGGACGUCGGACCACUCUGCCCUCUUUCUCGAUGUUUAUGAGUCUGAGUGUAGGGUGGGAAGAGGGGGCCGAAGGUUUAGGUUUGAGAUGGCAUGGCUGCUGGAUAAGGGAUGUCGUGGGGUGGUGGAGGGUGCUUGGCGUGAUGGACGUGCAAACACUCAGGAGGAUGCAUAUUGGAAGCAACGGGCCAAGCAGCAUUGGUUGCGGGGUGCCGAUGCGAAUACCAGGUUUUAUCAUAAAUUUGCUUCUAAUCGUAGACGCAAAAACAAUCUACUUAAGCUUCGUGAUGACGCGGGACACUGGGUGGAGGGGAAGGAUCUGGUCCGGGUUAUAAUGGAGCAUUAUGGUGGGAGCAACAACAAAGGAAUCCAUUGGAUGGCAUGGGAUCGUUUAUGUGUCCCGAAAAAAUUCGGGGGAUUGGGCUUCAAGGAUUUACGGGCUUUCAAUUUAGCUUUGUUGGGUAAGCAAGGGUGGCGUUUUCUGACGGAUCCGCAGUCGUUGGUUGCUAGGAUCUACAAAGCAAGGAUUGGUAAUGGGGCUAACACGUUGGUGUGGGGUGUCCCCUGGCUCUCUGAUGCUUAUGACCCGAUGGUUCAUACCGCUAUGCACCCUCAACUCCAAGGUACUCGAGUUAUGAAUCUUGUUGAUCCAGUUACGCAUUCUUGGGAUAUCCCUCUCUUGCAUGAUCUGUUCAUUCCGGAGGAUGUGGAACAUAUUGUUAGGGUUCCUCUUAGCCUGGAGUUUGAAGACUCUUGGUAUUGGCAUGACGAUCCUAGUGGGUGUUAUACUGUUAAAAGAGGGUAUAGAAAUAUUGUGGGAGAGUUUUCUCUUCAUACAAACAGGAGAGUGGAAGUUGAUCCCCUUUGUCCCUUGUGUGGUGAUUCUAUUGAGGAUGUUUUGCACGUGUUGGUUUCUUGUGUUUAUUCUCAGCGGGUGUGGCACGAGAGUGGUUUGCCGGUGGUUGCUCAUAUUUCUCUUGACUUUCCUUGUUGGUUGCAGAAAGUUUGGACUACGCUGGAUGGUGCUCAAUUGGAGGUGGUUGCAGCUGUUCUUUCUGGAAUAUGGCAGGCCAGGAAUUUAGUGGUUUGGGAGUUGAAACUACCCUUACCUCGUCAAACUUGGAAUCUGGCAGCGCAUAAUUUGGAAGCAUGGCGUCAUCUGGCUUCGAGGAGCGGACAGGUAGGGCAACGUUCGGGGCAGUGCUUUUGUCUCAGGAGGGCAGGUUUGUGGCGGCUAUGAAUGGUCCUCUCUUUGAUGUAUUAUCCCCGUUGAUGGCUGAAACAUUAGCAUGCAAGGAAACCUUGGUAUGGUUGAAAGCUAGGGACACUUCCAAUGUCCGUCUUUUCUCGGAUUGCUCUACUCUUUGUCAUUAUCUGGGCUCGGCUUCUACUACUUCCCGGA